AUGGGCGCAGUACUUGCAAUGUCGACAGAUGGGGAAGCACCCAGUUCUGAGGAGCGCUCUAUGUCAAGUCGUGUGAAUAGGAAGAUGGACAUUGCGCUCCUACCAUGUCUUUCCUUGCUGUACCUGUUCAAUGGUUUAGAUCGAUCAAACGUUGGGAAUGCGGAGACGCAAGGGUUCACUAAAGACAUCGGCGCCACUCCGGAUGAUCUCAACUUAGCAGUAUCGCUAUUCUUCAUCACAUUCGUGUUGCUCCAGCCUCCUUCGGCUGCUGUAGGAAGAUGGCUAGGUGCAAAACACUGGAUUAUCAUUAUUAUGAUCGGAUGGGGUAUCUUUACACUAGCGCAUGCCUUUGUCCGCGGUAAGAGAAGUCUCAUUGCUGUCAGACUAAUGAUUGGCGCCUUUGAGGCGGGCUUCUAUCCGACGGCUGUCGCCUACCUCUCCACUUUCUACGGCCGAUACGACAUGGCUGUGCGGAUCGGAAUCUUCUACGGACAAUAUGCCAUUGCCGGCGCUUUCUCGGGCUCGAUUGCAUUUGGCAUUUUCCAUCUCAAUCGCACAGAGUUAUAUAACUGGCAGUACCUGUUCAUCAUCGAAGGAAGUUUGACAGUCCUCGUUGCAAUCCUCGCUUGGUUCUGGUUACCGCAAGGACCAGGAUCAGCAUGGUUCCUCAAUGCUGAGGAACAAGGAUUUGCUGUCCAGCGUAUCAUUAAAGAUAAUUCCAAGUGGGUUGCACAUAACUAUGGCGGCGAUGGUAUAGAGCGGGAGCGACUGACGAGGAGGGAUGUUGUUGAGACAGCCAAAGACUGGAAACUCUGGUUUCUACUCUUCUUCAAUAUCUGCGCUAGUGUACCCAGCCAGGCUUUCUCCGUCUUUCUGCCUAUGGUUGUGCAGGGCUUGGGAUAUUCGUCAAUAGAUGCAAAUUUGAUGUCAGUGCCGCCAUUUGUAUGCGGCGCCGUGGGCCUAUAUCUUUUUGCCCUCAGUUCAGAUCAUCAGAAAGAACGAGGCUACCACAUCAUCAGCGGCGUAUUCAUUUCCCUCAUCGGCUUGAUCAUCACCGUUACCGCUCCAUCCCACGGCGUUCAGUACGCAGGUCUGUGUAUUCUUCUUUUCGGAAGCUAUAUUUCUGCGCCUCUCACCGUAGCCUGGCUGAGCGGUAAUAACCCUGAGCCGGGAAAACGGUCCCUUGUCCUCGGCGUAAAUGGCUUUGGUAACCUUGCUGGCGUGAUUGGCUCGCAACUCUACAAGAAAAGAUAUGCGCCUAGAUAUCUCACACCGUUUUACGCCACAUUGGGCUUUGUCGCUGCGACGCUUUUGGGUUAUACGACGUAUAGAUUCAUUCUGAAAGCCGUCAAUAGAAGGAAGAUGGUCUGGGCGGAGGGGAAGAGUGUGGAGCAGAUUGAGGCCGAGAGGCUGGAUUCGACAAGAUAUGCCGAUGCGAAGAUGUCGUUCUUGUAUGGGCUGUGA